GUAUUCCUUCACUUCUAACAAAUCACUCCAAUAUAGCUCAUAUAUAAUUUCAUUCUUCCAUCUUUAUAUCUUUAUCUCUAGUAGUCUUUAUAUUAUUUUGGUAAAUUAGGUGUGUUACAUUUUGCUUAGAAAUGGGUCAGGGAAGUGGCAGUGUAAGACUAAGUAUGGUCUUUGUAGUUGGCAUAUUAUGUUUCUUGACUCUAACCAAGCCUACAUUUGGAGCUAUUUAUACUGUAGGAGGAGCUGGUGGUUGGACCUUUAAUGUCAAUACUUGGACUAAUGGCAAGUCCUUCAAAGCUGGUGAUGUCUUAGCAUUCAAUUAUGAUAAAACAACACACAAUGUGGUAUUAGUAAAUAAAAGGGGUUAUGAUAGCUGCACUUCACCAAAAGGAGCAAAAGCAUACCAAACUGGAAAGGAUAGAAUCAAGUUAGCCAAAGGUCAAAAUUACUUCAUCUGCUCUCUUCCUGGCCAUUGCCAAGGCGGAGUUAAGAUUGCUAUUAGUGCAGCUUAAUUGUAUUAAGCCGGAAUUAUAUUAGUUGUCACGUUGAUAGUGAAUCUUAAUCAUUGUGUCAAACGACUAAAUCCGGACUAAAGUGUACUAUUUGACUGCUAAUUAUGUAUUUUAUCGUCUUAUAUCUUCGGGUUGUGCUACAAAUUAGGAUCUAUAAUUAAAUCCUUACAAGGGAUUUAAUUUGGUAUCAUGAUACUUGUUAGAAUGCUGGCUUUAAUUUGGAAAAUAAUUAUGUUAUGUAUGGCUGUUGUGUUUAGUCUGUUUACAUUGCCAAAUAUGCUUCAGAGAUUAAAUUUA